AUGUGUCGAUCGAAAACGUCGACGUUCGCAGUGCUGUUCCUGUUGGUUUUUUGCGCGGAGUGUACCUUGGUUCCUCAGCCCUCGGUGGAGGAGACUUUCAGGCAAUGUCUUCUGGCCACCCCUGUGGGGUCGGGGAGCAUGGGGCAGUGCUUGGGGGUGGGGGUGUUGGGAAGGCUGCAGAGUUUGGACAACGAGCCAGAAUUCGAUUUGGUUGAUGGAGUUACGUUGACCAAGGACCCGAAGGAUUACAGGGAAGCGUAUAGUCUUGCCGACAGCGAUCCUUCGAGCUUGAGAUCAAUUAUUGAUUCUGUGGGCCAAGUCUUCUCCAGAAAAAUGAGAUGGGACAUGAGUUCUAUUUAUCCUGGCCUCAUUAUGCACAUAACGCCAUCUCCUGGUUCAGCAGGAUUUCUGGAAUUCGCUUUAGAUCCUCACAUGGAAGCUGCAAACAGACAUAAGUUAAAAGAGUUCCGCACACCGCACCUAAUACUGGCUAAUAGUUUUUUGGUACCAAUGCUGCUGGGACUCAAGUUCAAGGUCAUAGCCUUGAUGCCUAUCAUCUUCGGAUUAGUAGCACUGGCUGCAAAGAAAGCAAUAGUGCUAAGCAAGUUGGCACUUGUUAUCUCUACUGCAUUAGGUUUAGGGUCUCUUCUCUUUGGUUUCGUAGGUUCAAAUGUCAAUCAUCAAGGAACAGGACCCCAAGUGUUCCACCAACCAUUUGCUCCACCGUAUCAUAUUAAUCGGUAUCCAGAACACCAUUAUGAAGAUUCCAGCUAUAGAUCUAACAACUUAGCAGAUGGUGUUGUAAAUAACGUAGGAGCUACAAAUGAUCAAAUUAAACUUCCUGAAAAUCUGCAAGAGAUAUUUUCAACUGGCAUCGCCAAAAGUGACAGAGAGAGUAAAAGGAACUUUGCUUGGAAUGAAGAAGAAAAAUUUAAGAAGGCCACAUGAUGCUUUCCUACCUGUACUUUGGACCAAAGUGAACAUUUUCAAUAGUGAUAUUAUGAUACCUAAGAAAAUCAGAACAUAUGAUAGAAGUAAUGUAAAAUAAAACUCAGAACAAUGCUUUUAUACGAUAUUACAAAGAUGUUAGAAAGACUGAA